CGCUGAAACACUCCGAUCGACGUUCUUCCCCAGUCAGCAACUCACUCUCGGUACCCAUCGUCCCCGGACUUGCCACCCCUCCUCUGUAAGGCUGGUUGAUAUAGAGUUAGUGGGUGCCUCUUCCGGUCUUUUACGAGCAGCACAUGGGCGACCUACCUCCUGGCUCACGGCCUCAAGCCAUGGACCAUGCGACGACUAGCUUCGCGCAUGAUGGAAGCACACCCACUUCUUUUUCAACAUCGCUCAAACCUGCCGACACAGCUUCUCCGUUUCACACCCAGCUCAGCGCCCUCCCCCAGGGUCAGCUUCGACAAGACCACCGCUCACCCGCGCAUUCGACCGGACAUUAUCCAUCUCAAGAACACAGCGCCUCGAUGCUUAACAUGGGCGCAAUGACUGGAACGUUGCCAGACUUCAGCGCUGGUGACGAUUCCUCACUUAACGCCCAAACAGUGCCACGCUCGCUUUCGGGCGCAUCGACAUCAGCCGUGGCCUAUCAUAUUGGCCACAACCUACAAAUGCAGGGCAACAUACCAUCACACUCACUAUACGGUCCUGGCUUCGCGGCUGGCCUGCACCAACAAUCUUUCAUGCCUCAGCAUGGCUCUCAGUACAGCGCCUAUCCGUCUUUCACUACCAACCAAGCUCGUCCGGCUGGUGCGGCACCAAUGCAACCGCCAUACCAGAACUACCAGCAGGCAUCGCACUACAUGUACUACCCAGCGCCUUAUGGGCCCCAGGGACACUACAACCCGGGUUUUGCAGCGCAAGCUCCGCAGAACCAAACAAUGUAUGGGAGAAGAGCGAGCUUGUCAAACAUGGGUAUGCAAGGACAGCUUGCGGACUAUCCGCCUAUUGACAGUCACUUUCUAGGCCCUCGGAUGCCUACGACAAACUUCCAGAGUGACCCAUCCACGCUCAUGACCCCCUAUGGCGCCCAGUUGGCACCGUCCCCGGGAGUACCUCGCCCCGGACCUGUGAGUUCUAUCCCGCGUGGGCCACCGCGAAAGCCCAAGCAAUCUGGACAUGCCCUUUGGGUCGGAAACCUUCCUCCUGGAACCACCGUGGUUGCUCUCAAGGACCACUUCUCCCGCGAGGCCACAAAAGACAUUGAGAGUCUGUUUCUGAUCUCCAAGAGCAACUGUGCGUUUGUCAACUAUCGCACAGAGGAGUCGUGCACGGCUGCAAUGCACCGGUUCCACGAUUCGCGCUUUAAUGGUGUGCGACUAGUCUGUCGCCUUCGGCGCAGUUCAGCCCCAGCAUCUGGCGUACCUACAGCCCCUUCGGCUAUGAUGGACCAACAGAAGAACACUUCUCGACCAGCAACACCAGUACAAGACGGCGUCUCUGAUGAUCUUGCUGGAGGGGCUGUCGAGCCUCCUUCUCAAAAAGCAGCCGACAAUGAGAAGCCUCCUUCUGACACCACCAACAAAUACUUCAUCGUCAAAAGCCUUACUCUGCAAGACCUAGAGCUCAGCGUCAGAAAUGGCAUCUGGGCCACCCAAUCUCAUAACGAGGACGUUUUGAACAAGGCUUUUCGUACUGCUGAGAAUGUAUAUCUCAUCUUCUCAGCCAAUAAGUCGGGCGAAUACUUUGGUUACGCCCGCAUGGCGUCACAAAUCCUCGAUGAUGGCUCUUGCGUUAUAGGUUCGGCGCCUAAACCCGAAGCCAUUGUGGAUGCGCCAGAUGUGCCUAAAUCCAUUGCUACUGCAGCAACAGAGUGGGCGCCGCGAGGAAGGAUCAUUGAUGACUCUGCGCGCGGCACCAUCUUUUGGGAGGCGGAGCUCUCUGAUGGCGAGGGAGAAGAAGAAGACAAGGAGAAGGAAGAAAAAGAAGCCGGCAAAACGGACAAGGACGAAGCAGCUCAGCGACAAGUCGAGGUGGACACCUCGGCCGUUGCGCAGAGCUGGGGCAAGCCCUUCAGGAUCGAGUGGAUUUCGACAAACCGCCUUCCCUUCUAUCGCGCAAGGGGUCUCCGCAAUCCAUGGAAUGCCAACCGCGAAGUCAAAAUCGCAAGGGAUGGCACCGAGCUUGAACCUAGUGUUGGCGAGCGCCUGGUGCAGAUGUUCCACCGCCUUGGCCCUUCUACUGCGGGCGCGCCUGUGAUGCCCGUUGGACCCGGUGGCAUGGUCCCCCACAUGCGACCAUUCUAAAGCAUGCGCUUUACUUGCAUAGUAUCAGGCGCUGUGUUUUGGACAGAGGCAAGCUUCGAUUUGGUGUCUCUGCUAGGCAGCGACACCGUGUUGAAGUGGGCUUAUGUUCUCACGUGUUUGAUAGAGACGACAUUUGACGAUGGGAUGGCUUUCACCAAGGGAAACGAGAUCACGAGGUGCGUUGACUGGUAAUGCUUGGAUCAUGUGGGUGACCAGUUUCUCUUCCAUCCAUCGCAUCGCACUGGUUCCCUUUUUUUUACUCGCAAUGUUCGCGCCGUUUGAUCCUUCUAUCCCCUGUCCUUAAUGUAACAUAUUUUCCUCGCUCGCCUUCCUUAGCUCUCUCUGCCUUGUGACGCCAUGCAGUCACGAUCUGCCUCGUCAUUUCAUCCUCUGCCAUC